CAAAAGAAUAACCAAAGAUUUUUUUUUUUUUAUCAAACGAUGAAACGAAUAACUAAAGCUUAUACAACAAUUCUCGAAGGUUGUCUUACCAAGCUCGGUCUCUCUAUCGAAGACGAAAUGAGUCUGUUGUAUGUCAUUGUUGCAUUCGUCUUCUUUGCAUCUAUACUCAUUGCAAGAAAGGCAAAGAAGAAAACGAUGAAUCUACCCCCUGGACCACCGAAACUUCCUAUAAUUGGAAACUUGCACCAAUUAGGUUCGCAGCCUCAUCGUUCAUUAACCAAAUUAUCUGAAAAAUAUGGACCCCUAAUGUCCCUAAAGUUCGGGAAGGUAUCUACCGUUGUGGCGUCAACUCCAGAGACAGUGAAGGAUGUCUUAAAAACAUUCGAUGUAGAUUGCUGUUCCCGACCAUACUUGACUUACCCUGCGAGAAUCACGUACGGUUUAAACGAUAUCGCGUUUUCUCCCUACAGCAACUAUUGGAGGGAAGUACGAAAGGUGGCGGUUGUUGAACUCUUCACCGGGAAAAGAGUACAGUCUUUUCGACGUAGCCGAGAAGAAGAAGUUGCCUCCUUCGUUGAUUUCGUGAAACAAUCUGCUUCAUCUGAGAAUCUUGUUAACUUCAACCAGAAGUUAAUGAAGUUGUCAGGAAGUGUGACUUGUAGAGUUGGGUUUGGGAUAAAUCUCAAAGGAAGCAAACUCGAGAAUACUUAUGAGGAAGUCAUUCAAGGAACCAUGGAGGUGUUGGGGAGUUUUGCUGCAGCAGAUUACUUCCCGGUCAUUGGUCAACUCAUCGAUAGGAUCACAGGGUUACAUAGCAAAUGCGAGAAGGUUUUUAAAGCAAUGGAUGCAUUUUUUGACCAAUCCAUAAAGUAUCAUCUAGAAGAUGAAAGUAUCAAAGAUGAUAUCAUUGCCUUGCUCCUCAAGAUGGAACGUGAAGAGACUGGACAUGGAGAGUUUCAAUUUACACGAAACCACACCAAAGGAAUUCUCCUAGAUAUUCUUAUUGGUGGAAUAGAUACUUCUGCCCAUACUGUGACGUGGGUGAUGACGCAUUUGAUAGCAAACCCAAGAGUUAUGAAGAAAGUGCAAGCCGAGGUGCGAGAAGUGAUUAAAAACAAAGACAAUAUCAUAGAAGAAGAUAUAGAACAACUUGAAUAUCUCAAAAUGGUGAUUAGAGAAACACUUAGGAUAAACCUGCUUUUGCCACUACUAAUUCCAAGAGAGGCGUCAAGAGAUUUAAAGAUUGGGGGUUAUGACAUUCCAAAAAAGACAUGGAUCCAAGUCAACGUAUGGGCUAUUCACAGGAACCCAAACAUUUGGAAAGAUCCAGAAGUGUUUAUCCCCGAGAGGUUUAUGGACAAAGAUAUUGACUACAAAGGUGUAAACUUUGAGUUGUUGCCGUUCGGUAGUGGAAGGAGGAUGUGCCCUGGUAUGAAUUUGGGUAUGGCUUUGGUACACUUGACUCUUAUCAAUCUUCUUUACCGUUUUGAUUGGAAGCUUCCGGACGGAAUGGACGCAAAAGAUGUUGAUCUUGAAGAGUCAUAUGGACUUGUCUCUCCUAAGAAGAUUCCACUUGAACUCAUACCGGUCAUUACCCAAUGGACUUAAAAACUUUUUAUAUUUUCAUUGUUCAAGAUGUAACAUUUGAACGUAUCUUGAAAGUCUUUUCAAUUUGAAUAAGGAAAAUGUUUGAGGAAUCCAUAU